AUGGCCAAGUCCGGCACUGCCAGCCUGGCGGCCUCCGCCAAGCUGAGCAGGCCGCUGCAGCUGGCCUUCAACCUCACUGCCGGCUUUUCGGCGCAGGAGGUGAAGCCAGGCGAGGCGUUGACGGUGCAGGUGCAGGCCGGCACCACAGAGACGGGUGCAGUGCCGUCGACGGCCCGGGCCUUCCUGGCGUCCCUGGACCGAUCAGCGGAGCUGCUGGGGAGCCGCGCGGCCAUUUCCAGGUCCGCCAUCUUCGAGGCGUUGAAGGGCGCGGCGGAGGGCAAGGAGCCCACCCCGGUGGCAGGGAAGCCCUGGCGCCAUUGCGGCAUCCACGGGGAAGAGCUGAUGGUGGCGGCAGAGCUUCCAGAAGAGAUCCAGGUUGUGCAGAUUGGCCAAGUGGGCAGCGAUGAUGCCGUCUUCGGGCAGCCGCUGGGUGACCAUUGCCCGCGGCCGCUCUACGAUGGAACGGUUUGCAGCUCAGGCGGCGGCGGCGAAGCGGUGGACGAUAUGAUGAUGGUACCGAUGAUGGCCAUGGCAGAAGGAGCAGCUGCUCCAGUCAUGAAGCACAACGAGGAGGCCACCGCGGACGCAGGCGCCGCUGACACUACUGGCUCCGCGGCGGUCCGAACCUUCUUCCCUGAGACAUGGAUUUGGACGGACAUCGCUUUGGAGCCAGGCGCGACUGCGGCCAGCGCGAGCUUGCCGGUGACGGCGCCCGACACCAUUACCUCGUGGAGCCUGGAGGCGUUUGCCACGUCUCCGGAUGGCAUCUCUGCCGUUCGAGCUGAGACGCCUUUGCGAGUCUUCAAAGAUCUCUUCGUGGAGAUGCGCCUGCCCUAUGCCGCGGUGCGAGGGGAGGACCUGGAGCUCAUCGUCGCAGUCUUCAACUACGUGGAGGGCAGCGGUAGUCUCACCGUCCAGGUGCAGGUAACUCUGAGCCCGGAAGUGGAGCUUCUGGAAGGGCAGAACGACACCUCUGUCUCGGUGCUCGAGGGAGAGGCCACGAGAGUCUCGCUGCGGGUAAGGCCAAAGGCAGUGGGCUCCUGGACUAUUCGGGCGGAUGCGGUGGCCGGCGCCAAGGGCGAUGCCAUGGUCAAGAAGCUGCUGGUCAAACCCGAGGGCAUCCCGAUGAGCGACACCAAGAGCAUCGUGGUGGACCUCACAGGCACCGACGCCUUCUCGGAGACAAAGACCUUGUCCCUGCCCGAGAUGGCGGUCCCGGACUCCGCACGGCUUGCG